AUGUCCGGCCGCUAUGAGAGGGUAAACACCCACGACGACGAAGAUCCCGAGACGCCAGCGGCCUCAUUGCCACAGCCGACGUACCCGAUUCCCAAUUCGCCGCCGCCGUCAUUCCACUCGAUAGCGCCGUCUAUCAGCUCGACGAGGCAAGAGAAUGAAGUCCACCCAGACCUAGCGGAUGCGUUUGACGCCGACGGAGACGAUAGCGAUGACGAGACGGACGACAGGCAGCGGCUAGUGCGCGGCAACUCGACGCCGUCUUUCACCAGCACCACACAGGCCGGAGAAGCCGCGUCACAGUCGCAGUCGCAAAGACCAGGCGCGCUACCGCAAAGACCUAUCGGAGCGGCGCCGACAACAUCCCGCGUCUAUGGCAGCGGGAUCCAGUCCGACGGUGUCUUUUCCAACCUUUCAGCAAAGCCGGAGACGGGCGAUGGCGAGAAGGAGGAGCAGCCUCCGUCCUACGAACAAGCCGCAGCCGACGCGGCGCCUCCCUACUGGGAAACGACCAUCCUCGCGCCCGGCCUCGGCGGGCCCGACGACGUGUACAUCGACGGCAUGCCCGUGGGCUCCUUUUUCGGCUUCAUCUGGAACGGCAUGAUUUCCAUGGCCUUCCAGCUGGUCGGUUUCCUGCUCACAUACCUCCUGCACUCAACCCACGCGGCUAAGAACGGUUCCCGCGCCGGCCUCGGCAUUACUCUGAUCCAGUACGGAUUCUACAUGAAGAGCACACCGCCCGGGGGCGCAGGGGAAAUGAAUCCGAAUAUGAGCGGCGACGGGUACGCGAAUCCGGCAGACCCAAAUUCGCACAACUUCAGCCCGAACGAGGUGAACCAGGGCGGUGGCGGCGGCGGAGCGUGGGAUUUUACGACCAGCGACUGGGCGGCGUAUCUUUUGAUGAUUGUUGGCUGGUUUAUUCUGAUUCGGGCGGUUAGCGACUAUGUGAGGGUGCGGAGGCAUGAGCAGCUGGUGUUGCAGAGCCCGGAUCGCGGUCUGGGCAUCCCCGUCAUUGCUACGGGGGAAAGGCCGGACACGGUGGUAUAA